GCUAAGAGGAGGAUGACCUUGGCCCAGCCUCGCUAUUUGUGUUGCGGGCCGCCACUGCCCGCAUUACACUAACCAUUUAAGUGGGACUGCGGGGUGCGGUGAAAAGCGGCAGUAUGCAGGAUCUCUAAUCCGAUUAUAUGGACUCGAACCAUCCUGUUCUAGAACCUUAAGCGCGCGAAAUAUGGGGUAUAAUCAUGCAACAGAAUAGGAUUGAACCAUUUAUAGUCGACAUACAGCUGAAUAAAUAUGGAUGCUGAAUUAUGCCCCCCGCAAUUGGUGGCGACAACAAGUAGCACAUAUUCAUGCUCAAUCGAAGAAUCGAGAAAACGCGAACUUGAAGCACGUGAAGACUCUACUGUCUUCUCCCCAGUAGGGACUGCACAAGAUGGCCGCGAGUCUAAUUACUUUAAAAGCAUACAAUGGUCUCCUGACGGCACAUCGCUGAUAGCAGCGUCUGCCGACAACAAGCUCCGUUUCUACGUCGCACCCCCUGACCUUCUAUCUCCGUCGUCCUCACCUCACAUACUGACACCAUAUACUACCUACGCUGCACCGGAGCCAACCUACACGCAAUCCUUCUACCCGCAUUUUGAUCUCCAAAAUUCCUCAACAACCGUCCUCCUAUCAUCACCACGAGAUCAUCCAAUCCAGCUCAUCAACGUCCUCUCCCCAGAGCCAUCACCAGUGUCCACCUACUCACUAGUAUGUCGCACCACGGAAGCCUACCUGACUCCCUCCUCCUUACUCUGGCACCCGUCUGGCCAGGAAUUCUACACCGGGACCGACUGUCUAAUCAGCAUCUUCGAUGUAUCCCGCUCAGGCGAGGGCCCAACCACACGCCUCCCAACCAUUCCAUCAAAGCGCCAUAAAAUGAAGGGCGGUGGCGUUGGGAUGCGUGGUAUUGUCUCGUGUCUAAGUUUGCAGCCUGACGCGCCUGAUAGUCCGUUGGGGAAUGGCAUGCUAGCUGCUGGAACGUGGACGCGAUGGGUUAGCCUCUAUGACGCGGAGGGGCUGGGAGGCACUGUUGCGAACUGGAGUAUUGCAUCUGCAGCGGAUGAUGAAUCUCAAAUCGGCGGGGCUGGGGUGAGCCAAGUUCUCUGGAGUGCAUGUGGUCGAUACCUUUUUGUUGUUGAGCGCAAGAGUCGAGGGGUACUUGUCUACGACGUAAGAGUUACUGGAAGGCUCGUAGGUUGGUUGGAGGGACGGGAAGCAGAAACGAAUCAGAGAAUGAGCGUCGACACCGCUUCUAUCGGUGGCAAGAGCGAAGUUUGGGCAGGAGGAACGGAUGGCAGGGUCAGAGUUUGGAGAGACGUUGGAAGUAAAGAAAGAGGUGCGAAACCAGACAUGGAUUGGCUUGCGCAUGAGGAGGGGACAACAGUUGGAGGCCUAGCAUUGCACAGCUGCGGCUCUGUCGUCGCGACUGCUUCUGGAAUGAGGCGAGAGAGGAUUUAUGUUCCAGAGACGGACAGUGACUCAGAGAGCGAAAGCGAAGACGAUUCUUCCGACGAUUCAGAUGUUAGCGAUAAAACAACCAAGACGCUUUCCGAAACCUCGACAAUCUGUUCCUCACACCAAGAGUUGACCGAGGAUAAUACUAUCAAGUUAUGGAGCAUACUAUGAAAUCUAUCUCAUAUGCUAGGUGUGCAUUACAUCUCAUGGCCACUUGCUAUCAGCACCGAUACAUGUUACCAAAUGGAUUCUCGCAAAGCAGCGAAGCUACAUUCGCCAAUAUUCCUCCCAAACCAAUGCUAUCAGGGCGUGUCAUGUCUCCACCGAGCAUCAAUGAUACUAGACACCCUGCCAAGAACCCUCUCACCAUCAAGGACAGGGCUAAACAUGCGUAUUCUCUCACUGUGGCCCAUCCCAACAAAUGCACUGAUCCCGAACAUGCCACGCCUACUCGGAUGCACGCCCUCUGGUGCCUUCAAAGACGAGACCACCGCUUGCGCGGCAUAUGGAUUCAUGCCACAUCGCCUUAAGAAGACUUCCCAUUGCGUUUCAUCCUCAAGCAAACCACGGGUAUUGGAGCCGGUUGCGCCGUAUCGAAUCAUACCUGCGACGACCCAGUUUGCCAGCGUCUCAUGCCCGCCAGGCACGAAAUAUGCGAUGACUGUACAUGGUAACGAAGCACAGAAUCCCAUAAAAUCAGCCAUCGCCAUACAUUCUUGACCACCUAAAACGGCAACCGAGCUCUCGUCAGGCGAUGCUUCACUGAUAAAGACCAAAAACCUUUCAUACCUCAUACAGACCGCUUCAACCCUGCUCUUGAUCUCAGACUUCUCUUUCUGGCCCGGCAGUGGCUUCUGCUUGAUUUUCAUGAGGGUUGUUAGCACCACACCCGUCGACGGAGAGAGAACAAGAUCUGCUUCAGCGGCAAGAGGACUUCUGACUGGAGACCGUGUGAUGGUACCUUGUCUGAGCCAUGCUGUUGUGUUGUAUCUGUUGAAAUUCCUCUCGAUGAACUGAGCUGUUGGAAUUAAGGAUUUGAUGGCGCUGAAUAAGGGGCGUUGCUUGAGAAGAUCCGUUGAGAUUAUGUAUUGGGUUGGCUCAGUUGGGAUAGUGAUGUUUGAUAAUGGCAGUGGAAUGUCUGCUUUUGUGAGACGAGAGCUGGCGACGACUGGCGGUGGGAUAGGCAGAGGUGCGGAAUUGUUGGUAGGAACUGCCUUGGGGGUGGAGAAAUAGGAGGUGGUGCUGUCUGCGGGCUUGUGCCUCUUCGUUCCUCUCAUCUCCAUAAAAUUGUCUAGGGCCGUUGUUGCUGAGAAUACAUC